UGCUGAUUAUCGGUUUAUUUCGAUUUAACGGUUAGCUUUCAAGAACAAAUACAGAAACUAGUCACUCUCUUCUUCUUCUCUGCCAUUGUUGACUCUUGAAGUCUCAAUUUUUUCUCUUCUUUAUUUCUCCGUAUGAACUUCUCCGAUUUUAUGGUUUUUAUAUCCUUGAAAGCUAGCUAGCACCAUGGUUCCUCCGGCUAAAAAAUUCAUCAACAACCCCAACGAUGUUGUAACCGAGUUCAUCGAAGGUCUCGUCGAAACUUAUCCUGGACUUCAGUAUUUGGAUGGUCUUCCCGAGAUCAAAGUUGUACUAAGAGCUGAUGUCUCAGCUGCAAAUUAUGACAAGGUUGCCGUUAUAUCAGGAGGAGGAAGUGGGCAUGAACCAGCACAAGCUGGGUAUGUUGGAGAAGGAAUGCUCACAGCUGCUAUUUGUGGAGAUGUUUUUGCUUCGCCAACUGUUGAUUCCAUCCUAGCUAGGAUUCGUGCUGUAACUGGUCCAAAAGGAUGCCUCUUGGUUGUCACGAACUAUACUGGUGACCGCUUGAACUUUGGCCUGGCAGCUGAGCAAGCAAAAACUGAGGGUUUCGAUAUAGAGACUGUAAUUGUUGGAGAUGAUUGUGCUCUACCCCCGCCGCGUGGCGUAGCUGGGCGCAGAGGUUUAGCGGGAACAGUUCUUGUCCAUAAGGUUGCUGGAGCAGCAGCUGCUGCUGGACUUUCUCUAGCAGAAGUUGCAGCAGAAGCAAAACAUGCAUCUGAAAUGGUUGGAACCAUGGGUGUUGCACUAUCUGUCUGUGCGCUUCCAGGACAGGUUACAUCAGAUCGUUUGGGUCCAGAGAAAAUGGAACUUGGGCUUGGAGUUCAUGGGGAGCCUGGUGCUGCUGUAGUCGACAUUCAACCUGUGGAAGUUGUAGUGUCCCAUGUUCUUCAACAGAUACUGAGUCCAGAGACAAAUUAUGUUCCAAUUACACGUGGUAACAGUGUGGUUCUGAUGAUUAAUGGCUUAGGUGGUACACCUCUAAUGGAACUUAUGAUUGCUGCUGGAAAAGCAGUCCCAAAAUUACAGUUGGAAUAUGGGCUUGCCGUUGAUAGGGUGUAUACUGGAUCAUUUAUGACGUCUCUUGAUAUGGCAGGGUUCUCGAUAUCGAUCAUGAAGGCCGACCAGUCAAUUUUAGAGCGUUUGGAUGCUCCGACCAAUGCUCCUAGUUGGCCAGUUGGCACAGAUGGAAGCCGCCCACCAGCAAAGAUCCCCGUUCCACUUCCCUUCCGAUCAACCAAAAACGAAGAGUCUCGAUACCGACCUCAGGAGCUUAGUCAACAGGGGCGAAUUCUUGAGGCAGCUAUUGAAGCAGCAGCAACUGUAGUCAUCAAUCUGAAGGAUAGUUUGAACGAAUGGGAUGGAAAAGUAGGUGAUGGGGAUUGUGGAUCAACAAUGUGCAGAGGUGCAACAGCUAUUCUGGAGGACAUGAAGAAGUAUUAUCCGCUCAACGAUGCUGCGGAAACAGUGAGUGAGAUUGGUUCAUCGAUUAGAAGAGUCAUGGGGGGAACAAGUGGAAUAAUUUACAAUCUCCUCUGUAAGGCAGCAUAUGCGGAGUUAAAAGCUAACAGUCAAUCAGAAACCACUUCCAAACACUGGUCUGAAGCACUCAAGUCAUCAAUCUCUGCUGUCAGUAAAUAUGGUGGAGCAACUGCCGGUUAUAGAACGAUGUUAGAUGCGCUCAUCCCCGCUUCAAAAGUCCUUGAGGAGAAGCUGAGUGUUGGGGAGGACCCUAUUGCUGCUUUUGUUCUGUCUGCUGAAGCUGCGACCGCAGGAGCUGAAUCUACCAUUCAUAUGAAAGCACAGGUGAGCUUUAAUGACUACUAGUUAAUAGCAAUCACUGACAUCACAAUUAUCUGUUGGUUGUUUGUUUUUUGUUUCUUUUUGAUGUGACGGAUUAUGAUUGGAGGGUAGGCCGGGAGAUCAAGCUAUGUAUCAGCUGAGAUUUUUGCAUCAAUUCCUGAUCCAGGAGCAAUGGCUGCAGCGGCAUGGUACAGCGCCGCUGCAAGAGCCGUGAAAGAGCAGAGGCAGAGGUUUUGAAUCUGAUGGACUAGGCUCUGUAAGAGGUUAUAACGAGCUUUACUGAUUUGAUAACUGCCUCUGGGCUUUGUUGUCUAUAUGUAUCUAGUUCUAAUGUUUCUGAGUUCUGACUCUGUUUAUAUACAAAUGACAAUGGGAUUCUUGUGAAAUGCUUCCCCUGUUUAUAUGCAACUGAGUGUUUUCCUGCACAUUUGUUAAAACAAUUUCAUCAAUAUUGGGUGGAUAAAACCCUUAGCCUAACA